AAAACUAAUGACGUCAUCGUCGCCCAUUAAGAUCAAACCGAGAAAAGCAACGAAGGCAGCAGCAGCCAGCUGCAAGUGAGCAUAAAUUCGUCCGGAAAUGUGUUUAAAUUCCAGCUAAUUGCAGCGGAAACAGUGCCACCCAUCGAGCGGGAUCCGAAAUAACCGGGCGGAAGUGAAAAAAUACCGAACGGGUGCGAAACCAGCGAAAGGAACGUCGUUUUCUGUUGGACCCAUACGAAAGUGGGAGUUGUCACGAAGGUUGAAUCGGUUGAAUCCUCCUGCUGGAGCUGGAGAAUGGAGGACAUAUUCCACUGGUGCCGUGAGGGGAAUUCCAUCCAGGUGCGUCUCUGGUUGGACGACACCGAGCAUGAUAUGAAUCAGGGAGAUGAUCAUGGCUUUAGUCCAUUGCACUGGUGCGCCAAGGAGGGUCACACCAAACUGGUGGAGAUGUUGCUGCAUCGGGGCGCUCGAGUGAAUGCAACCAACAUGGGCGAUGAUAUUCCGCUGCAUCUGGCAGCAGCACAUGGGCAUCUGGAGAUUGUUCAAAUGCUAAUUCGCUUCCGUUCGGAUGUGAACGCUGCCAACGAACACGGCAACACUCCGCUACACUAUGCGUGCUUCUGGGGCUAUCAACCGAUCGCCGAGGAGCUGGUCAACAAUGGUGCUCUGGUUUCGCUCGCCAAUAAGGACGGUGAUACCCCGCUGGACAAGGCCAAGGCUCAGCUGGCCACUCGUUUGCACAACCUGGCCGUCGAAAGUGGGCAGGAGCUGAAGAAGAUCAGCUUCAAAGAUCAGAGCUGGUUGGGUCUGAAGACGCGAUCUCGUGACGCUACCCUUUCGCGUUACAAGGGCAUAAACAUUCAGGACCUGACCUUACACACCAAGCUGGCCAUCACUGCGGGCGGUGAGACUUGGCGCGGCAGAUGGCAGAACAAUGAUAUUGUUGCGAAGAUUUUGGCAAUUCGAGAAUGCAACGCCCGCGUCAGUCGGGACUUCAACGAGGAGUUCCCGAAGUUGCGAAUCUUUUCGCAUCCGAACAUUCUGCCGGUUAUUGGAGCUUGCAAUGCUCCUCCACGGUUGAUCGUGAUCAGUCAGUAUAUGCCGAGGGGUUCGUUGUACGAUUUGCUGCAUGGUGCUGCGGGGAUUGUGGUCGAUACGGCCCAGGCCGUACGAUUUGCGCUGGACAUUGCCCGCGGUAUGGCCUAUUUGCAUUCGUUGGAGAGGAUUAUUCCGGAGUAUCAUCUCAACAGCUUCCACGUUAUGAUCGACGACGACCUUACGGCUCGAGUCAACAUGGCGGAUGCCAAGUUCUCUUUCCAAGAGCGCGGCCGAGUCUACCAGCCGGCCUGGAUGAGCCCGGAAAUGCUUCAACGCAAGCGUAGCGACCGCAACUGGGAGGCCUGCGACAUGUGGAGUUUCGCCAUUUGUAUCUGGGAGUUGGCAACGCGGGAAGUUCCCUUCGCCGACUUGACGCCGAUGGAAGCCGGAAUGCGUAUCGCUACCGAAGGCCUCCGGGUGACGAUUCCCCCGGGAACGUCGCCUCAUCUGUCGAAGUUGAUCAAGAUUUGCAUGAACGAAGAUCCGGGAAAACGUCCAAAGUUCGACAUGAUCAUACCCAUUCUCGAAAAAAUGAAACGUUGAAAGGGAAAGUGCCUUUGAGGAAAUUUGAAAAUGAUGUGCCUUCACCUGUUUUGUCUUCUUAUUUAUUUAAACAAAAAAGCAACCUUCCUCUAACAAACCCCGACAAGAAAGUUAUAAUCUGCCAAAAUGUAACAGUGUGCUGACGUAUUAACAAUGAACACGACGAAAACAUGUUCAAACGACAAUAUAUCGCGUGUUUAGUUUCGUACUACGAGUUUAAACUUUUUAACAAAACGAUCCCAAUACAGCAAGUGUCUUACACCGCGUGUCACCGAACAAUGGAUAGUAUUAGAAAUGGGAUUUCUAGUGGCAGCUGCCAACGCGAAAAAUUUAAAACUGAAUGCACAAAUUAACUGAUCUUAAUAGGAACGUAGUAGAUGCAUGUGCAUGGAAGAAACGUAACGGAUUAGAUGUGUAGCGACAGAUUUAUUUUUAAUAAACGUUUAUUGACGACUA